AAAAAAAAACAGCAUCAGCAGCGGACACCUUAGAGCAGCACACAGAACCAGAGUUCAUCCUGGUGUGAGCAGAUGGGGGACAGAGCGGGAACCAGAGUUUUUAAGAAGUCCAGCCCCAACUGCAAGCUCACAGUUUAUCUGGGGAAGAGAGACUUUGUUGAUCGCUUGGACCAUGUGGACCCAGUAGAUGGAGUGCUCCUUGUAGACCCUGAGUAUCUGAAAGAUCGAAAAGUGUUUGUGACACUGACCUGUGUGUUUCGCUACGGUCGGGAGGACCUGGAUGUCCUGGGCCUUUCCUUACGGAAGGAUCUGUAUGUUAGCACCAUUCAGGCCUUUCCACCCCUGGAACAGGAUAAAGUUCCUCUGAGCCGUCUGCAGGAGAGGCUGCUGAAGAAGCUGGGUCAGCAUUCGUGCCCCUUCAGCUUCACUAUCCCCCAAAACCUGCCCUGCUCGGUGACCCUUCAGCCAGGGCCAGAGGACACUGGGAAAGCAUGUGGUGUGGACUAUGAGCUUCGGGCUUUCUACGCUAAGAAUGCGGAGGAGAAGAUUCACCAAAGGAAUUCAGUGCAUCUGGUGAUCAGAAAGGUUCAGUAUGCCCCGGAAAAGUCAGGUCCACAGCCAAUGGCGGAAACCAGUCGCAGCUUCCUGAUGUCUGAUAGAUCUCUACACCUGGAGGCCUCACUGGAUAAGCAGCUGUACUACCACGGUGAGCCCAUCAGUGUCAAUGUCCGCGUCACCAACAACUCCACCAAGACUGUCAAGAAAGUGAAGAUAUCAGUUCGUCAGUUUGCAGAUAUCUGUCUGUUUUCCACGGCUCAGUAUAAGUGUCCUGUUGCCCAGAUCGAAGCUGAUGACCAGGUUGCCCCAAGCUCCACCACCUGCAAGGUCUACACUCUGACCCCCAUGUUGGGUACCAACAGAGAAAAGAGAGGCCUGGCCCUGGAUGGAAAGCUAAAGCAUGAGGACACCAACCUGGCCUCCAGCACCAUAGUAAAACAAGGAUGCAACAAGGAGACAAUGGGGAUCCUGGUUUCCUACAGAGUUAAAGUCAAACUGGUGGUGUCUCGUGGAGGGGAUGUAGCAGUGGAGCUGCCUUUUGUCUUGAUGCAUCCCAAACCUGCUGACAGCCUCACCUCCCAUCCCCAGUCAGUUGCUGCAGAAGCUGAUGUUCCAGUGGAUACAAACCUCAUUGAGUUUGAUAUGAAUACUUCAUCUCUGGCUGAUGACAUUGUGUUUGAAGACUUUGCUCGCCUGCGGUUAACAGGGUUCAAAGAUGAGGAGAAUCCCUUCGUUUAGCAGGGGUACCAAACACUUCAAGCCCAACAAGAUAAUGUUAAAGAAGGGGAACAGAUGAAGCUGACAGCCAGAGCUUUAAGGACGGAGCUCUGGAGUCUUGUUACAUGAUGUUAAAUUGUAUCAUAUAAUCUGUACGGCCUGCUAAAUGUGUCUGUAAUAGAAGCAGAUGACAGUAACUUUAAAUUGUUAAUAAACAAAAAAGAUUGGCCAUUAAAGGGGUUACAUCUAAAUACAUCCUUAAAAAAAAAAACCCUAAAAAGCAGAAUUAAUGUAUAAUUCAUUCUGUUGGUUUGGAUCUUGUUGCCAGAUUCUUUUGGAAAGUAUUCUUAUGGCAUACAUUUAGACAAACUUUAGUGCAACACUGUGAAGGUUUGGAUGAGUUAUGGGAGCUGUCUCUGCAUCUGGACAGGCUCCAUUCAUUGACCAGCAUAUACUUAUAUUUUAGAGUGCUGUUUGAUUGGUUCUUUUGUUUGAAUUUGCACCUCUUCUUAGUGUCUGUAUACUUUACUGCCCAGUAAGACACUGGUUAGGCAAUCAAGAAGUAAUCAAAUGUCAAAAAAAAAAAAAAAAAAUUUGAUAAAGUUGUCAAAAUAGUUACAUUGCUUACAUUUUGCAGGGUUACCAGUGAUCCUCACACCAUCUGAUUUUAGUAGUUGCACUGUUAUAACUGCACUGUCGCAAUUAUUCUUGACGUAUGUCAGCAGAGUUUGGCUUAUUAGUGUAUUUUUCUUAAUGCACUACUUUAUACAUAAAAACAGUCACUAUCCUCAUAAGGAGGACACACACACAUCUUUGACAAGAUCUUUUUUUGUCCUUUCAUGCAGCUAGAAGUAACUAAAAGUCACAGCCCGCUCUUCCAUUUAUGUCCUAUUUGUUGCGUCCUCCCAAAUGACAGAAUAGUUUAAUAAGUAACUGUAAUUGGAUUACUACAUGUAGGAACAGUAAGGCAUUACAAUCAUUGCAGUGAAGUAUUAGUUUAUAAUAUGUUAGUGUAUGGACAGAGGUGGUCAGGGUUAUGGUUGUGGCCUAAUGGAGUUACAUUAACAUGUUUUUGGUGAAAGUGUGUCUGCUUUGCCUGUAGUCUUUCUGCUGGUGUCAGUAUUAAACCUGCUGCUUUAAUAUCAGAGCAUGAGGUUCAAGAGGUGAGCAGUUGUCUGCAGUUAUCAGUACAGCUGUUGAGAGCAAUAACAGGAACCUCUAACUGUUGCUUGUUCGUAUUGAUUUUUAUACGCCUGUCGAAAGAUGUGAACACCCGCGGUGUUCGGGCGGGGCCCACUGAAGUGUCCGCUCAAUAACUUGAGAACUGUGUGGCCUACACUUACCAAACUUCAUGGGUAGAUAGCUUAUGACCAAAGCAAGGUUGGGGUUGUAUAUGGGGGUCACUGGAGUCAAAUUCAAGGGUCACUGUUAAAAUAGAAAAACGGUGCCCACUUAAUAACUGUGUGACAGUGAACAGGAUUAAUAGUGUUCUUCUUCUGUGAUGUCUUCAUGAUGAAAUAAAGUGGAUGCGUUUUCUAUCUGGAGCAGAACAAACAGAACGUCAGAUGCAUAAAUAGGAAUGCUUUUAUUUUGUGUGGAAUGCACAUCAAUGGGGUGAGCUGACAUCGAUCAUGAUCGUGCCUUCUACCGGGUUAAGUAGGUGAUACUUGCUCAGUAACAUAACUUUUCUUGUUUAAAAUGCAGUUAAUUGUUUUAAUUGUGAUGUCAUUCCUGAUAUCUUCAGAAUGUUUUGACCUUCUCACAGAGAGAAAAAAGAAAACUGAAGCACAUUCUUGUAAAUGCCACGUGGCAGUUUUGGAGUUUGUCUUCAAUAUUCACUGCAGUUAAAAACAUAGAUGCACUCUCACUAAUCAAAUCUUCUGAAGAAAAAAAAACUGUAAUGUUGGGAGCAAGAUAUUCCUUGAACAGAAUGUUUUAAAGUUGGAAAAAAGACUCUGGGGACUAAAUUAUGAAAUGGAAACAGUUUCAAAAUGAUGUCAAAUAUAUUACUCAAUUACAGCAGUGAUGGUUGCAGCUGUUCUCUCUUGGACACACUGAAGGCCACAGUUGGACCUGAUCACUAAAAAUAAAUUAAUCUUCAGCCAACAAAUUCACUGGACGAAUUUAACAAUAUUAAGUCUUGCUCCCAUUAUGCUGAAACAUCCUGUAGGAUGUUUUUCAUCUGCAUUUCCUGUUCAUGUUUUUUAGUGUCUCCAAAUACAUCUGUUUUUAUAUUUUUCCUCUGAUUACUAUGAUGAAAUGUUUGCUAUGUAGGGCGUAGGCAAGCUUCUACACCUGUUACUGUAAUCAGACUGAGAUUUGCCACAAUGUCAUUUGAAGACUAAACAAAAUAUUUAGAAAACAUACUAAAGGAUACUCCACGGGCUUCAUAUUUACUCAAAUGAAUUAAAGUGU